UUGGUAAGUAGGAAAUGGAUUCGGUCUAUUAUUAGUGCGGGAUGAUGUGAAUUCUAAUAAUAGAUUGCAAUUGUUACUGCAAUAUAGCAAAAAGGUUUGAUGUCGAAAAUGAGCUGUUCGUUUAAGAGUUGUAAAACUGGUUCAUUGAAUGAAUCUGAAUGUAGAAUCGAGGUUAAAACCGUACUACCAAAGAAGACAAUAGACGGAUCAAAACUUAGCAUAAAUUGGAGAACAGACGGAGAGGCAAAGUUUCACAAAGAUUGUUGGAAUGGUGUUUUGAAGCUGUCACGUUCUCGCACAAAGAAAAAAGAUGGACCCAACAUGUCACAACAGGAGAAGAUUCUAGUGAAGGAGGCCAAAAAAUCUUUUGAGCAGUUUGAUUCUCUCCAACAUUUAUGCAGUGAAGCAAAGCGAGUUGCUCAAAUGAUAACAUCAAGCAAACACUGUGUUGCUUUUACAGGUGCUGGGAUUUCUACAUCAGCUGGUAUUGGUGACUAUAGAGGAAAGAGUGGCAAGUGGACGGAGAUGGAUCAAAACUUACUGGAUGUUGAUUCCAUAUUUGAAACUGAUGAACCAGAAACAAAGAAAAGGAAAACACAAACUGAGGGAUCAGUGAAUCCAGAAGCAGGUGAGACUGAAGAAGGUAAUGAAGAUGAUGGUGUUCCCUAUGAAUCACUGAGGCCAACCUACACACAUGAAGCUUUAUAUAAGCUGAUACAGGAUGGAUACCUCCAGUAUAUCAUUAGCCAGAAUGGUGAUGGGCUGCAUGGUUUGUCUGGAGUGGCACAAGAUACUAUUUCUGAACUACAUGGCAAUGUUUUUAUUGAAAAGUGUGAAUCUUGCGGGAAAAGAUAUGAGAGAGAUUUCUAUGUGAUGGAUGACAUUAGCAGUCAGUACUAUGAGGAGCUGGAAGAUUUUGGCAAAACUGAUAUACGCAAACCCAAACAUGCUGUGAAGUGUGAGAGAUGUGGAUUGUGCCAUCGAACGGGAAGGAAAUGUGACAAAAAGGGUUGUCGAGGAUUCCUGAUCGACUCGAUCAUUAACUUUUGUGACAUCCUAGAGGAUGAGAUUACAGAGCGGGCAACUAAUCAUGCCAGUCAAUGUGACCUGAUGCUGUGUCUGGGUACCACUCUCAAAGUUACUCCAGCCAGUGACCUUGUAGAGCUUGGAAAACAUCCACUCAGACUGGUCAUCUGUAACAGACAAGAGACUUACAUGGACAGUGUCUGUACUAAGAAAGGGAAGGAUGGCCAACAGUUAGGAUCCAGGGUGUUUGGGGACUGUGAUAUCUUUUUUCGAGAAGUGAUGAAACAUAUCCUGGAUCCAGAUAAUGUGAAGAGAUGGGAAGGCGGUAGAGAGAGCAGAAUGAAGAAGUAUGACAAAAAACGCUCAUAAAGAGAUUUGUGACAGAAAAAUUCUGGUAUCUGUGGUUUGGAAUUUCAUUUAUGCUAAAUAAUUUUUGAUAUGUCUUGAUUUUGAUGUUUAAUUAAAAAGGUUAAAACAAACUUUUGUAAGA